AUGGCAUUCAUGGACCCAAACACAUCUUCAGAAUUUCCCCAUGGGUCUUCCAACUUUCAUACAUAUUACUCGCAGACCAAGAAGGGUGGUGGCGUGAUCGACCUGGGCCUCAGCCUUAGGACCAUACAACAUGAAACUUACCUCCCAUCGAGUCCAAAUUUCUUAAUCCUCACUUGUAUGCGCAUCAAAGUGAUAGGUCUGGACGGGUAUGGUGAGCUCAUAGACUGGUCGCAAACCAGCUAUAGCAGCAAUUCACAGAUGAAGACUGAGGAAACUGGAAACCAAAGACUUGCUCAAGGAUAUUACAAUGCUGGAGAAGAGAGCAGAAGAAAAAUGGCUUAUGUUAAGGUAAAUAUGGAUGGUUCGGUGGUAGGCCGCAAGGUUUGCGUUCUUGAUCAUGGAACCUACUCAACUCUUGCGCUUCAGCUUGACAAUAUGUUUGGGAUGCAGACCAUGUCGGGAUUGAGGUUGUUUCAGGACGAGUCUGAGUUCUCUUUGGUCUACAGAGACAGAGAAGGAAUCUGGAAGAAUGUUGGGGAUGUUCCAUGGAAGGAUUUUGUUGGAACUGUGAAUCGGAUGAGAAUCGCACGAAGAAACGAUGCUCUUCUUCCCUUCUAA